UUAUUUAUUUAUUCCUCAUCUCCUUCGUUUUCGUUAGCCUCUCAUCUCUUCUCCUCCCUCUCUUCGCUUCUCCAAUGGAUGAGCACUCCGAUCUCGAUGAUUGGGAGCUCCUCUCCGACUCUGGCGAGGCCAGUAGCGUCGUCGUAGCGUCCAUUGAAUCCAAUUACUUCUCUCUGAAUUUCACCGAGCCAUCUGAGAUUAUGGUCAUGGAGGAGAAGCGCGAGGAGGAGAGGCGUGAGGACCUCUUCCGUGAUCCCAUGUUUUGCGUCUCUGAUGACCUUGGAUCGGCCUUGGUUAAUGUGCAGGAAUCGAGAAAUGGCGAACCGAUCGAGAUGGUGAACGACAGCGAGGAUGCGGCAUCGAUUAAGGAGCAAUCGCCUAUGGAUGUUCGAAUCGCUGAGGAUUUCAGUUCUGAAGAUGGAGUUGAUCUUGGAGGGUUUGUUGAGGAAUUAGGGUCAAGUGAACCGGAGAAGGUUGAGGGUGGGGCUGAAGAUGGUGUGGAUCUCGGAGGGAUUGAUCGGGAGUUGAACUCUAGUGAACUGGAGAAGGUGGAGUUUGAGGCUGGAGAUGAAGAAGUUCUCGGAGGGGUUGAUUGGGAGUUGAACUCUAGUGAACCGGAGGUGGUGGUGGUGGUUGGGGAUGAAGACGGUGGUUCUGGUUGUGAUUUUGGUUCCAAUGAUUUGCCUGUUGCUGAGAGGAAGGAUGAAAGCAUGGCUUGGUGGAGGGUGCCGCUGGAGAUGGUGAAGCACUGCGCGCGCAACGUGAGCCCCGUUUGGUGCCUCCCUUUGGCUGCCACAGUCUUUGGCCUUGCCAUCGUCGGCGCUAGGAUAUACAAUAUGAAGCACCAGACCCGGCGACAGAGCCGGAAUGUUAUUCCUCUCAGAGUCAGCAUGGAUCAACAGAAGGCCUAUCAGGUGAUGGUUCGAGCUGCUCGUCUCAACGAAACAUGCUCUGUUACUAGGCGUGUGCCUGUUAUCAGGUCUUCACAACACCAUGAUGGUGCAAUUUCCUGGCCUAUCUUGUCCUUGACCUGAAUGGUGGGUGAAUGCCGAAUAUUGAAUGCUCACACAAAGUAUAAAUUAUAAUGCUCGUUUUGAUUUGUUAAUGAACUCAUUUAACCUUACUCUGUUUAUUUACUUCUUACAGCACAUAUGUUUAUAUAUUCGGAUAAUUGUUAGUAUUUAAGUGCUAUACCUGUAUAGUUUGUAUCAGCUUAUGUUAUGUGAUUCAGAUACUGUGCUAUGUUGUUGGUUUUUUGCUCUUUCUAUCA